UCUUUUUCUUCCUUCCUUCUCUCUUUCUCUCUCUCUUCUUUCACACCCUAAAACCCUAACUAACCACAAUUUCUCUCAGAAAUGGUGUUUCACCAUCGCAGAAAAUUCAUGCCAGAAAUCUGCAAGUCCUUCUGCCACGUGGAGCAGAAUUGUUCUUGAAACUGUGAUGAUUACGUCAAAAUCUGCAUCACCAACCCCCAAUACUACUAUUAUUCCCAACCACCGCCACCGCCACCGCCACCGAUUCAACCGUCUCUUUCACUUCUUCCGACCCCAUUCCCAUUACUCCCAACAACAUUCAAUUACGUACUCCUUCUCUUUCCAUUUUUCACUUUCCCUCCUUCUUCUAAUCUCUUCCAAUUUUGAUUCUAAAAACCUGACUCUAUUACGCGCUUAUCAAAUUAGUUUCCGAGUUUGAUUAUAUAAUCCAGAUCGUGAUCCGACGGAGAUUCUUGAUUCUGCAACGAAGCGGAAUCUCUUUUGUUUCGAUUUUUAGGUCAGAAAAUUGGGUGUGUGUGAACUGUGAAGUCUGAUUCCAAUUUCAUAGCAAAAUGGGGGUUAUGUCUAGGCGGGUUAUGCCUGCUUGUGGUAAUCUAUGUUGUGUUGUUUGUCCUGCUAUAAGGGCGAGCUCAAGGCAACCUGUGAAAUGAUACAAGAAGUUGCUAGCGGAUAUUUUCCCGCGGAAUCAGGUGAUGCCCUGAAUUCUUUGAAGAACAGAUUGACAGAUCCUGCUGGUGUUCUUCAAAGCUGGGAUUCCACUCUUGUUAAUCCAUGUACAUGGUUUUAUGUUACUUGCAGCAAUGAUAAUAGUGUGAUCCGUGUCUUCAAGGACCUGCACCCUUCAUUGGAUUGGUGUCCGGAAACGGGUUGGACAGUGCCUAUGCCCACUGGUGAAGUUUAACAGAUCAAAGUCUCUCAACAUCCUUCCCAAAAUUAGACAAAAGAUCAGAAUGUAUCCUGUGUUGCUGCAGAUAGAGUCAAGGGAAGAGAACUUAACUGGGAGAAGAGAUAUGACAUUAUCAUUGGGACAGCUGAAGGAUUGGUUUACCUACAUGAGAAUUCAAAAACUAGGAUAAUUCAAAGAGAUAUAAAAAUGAUUUAUAUAACCGAACACUUUCUUUGAUCACUUUGUUGUCCUUCUUCCAAAAUUAUUAAAAAUGAUUUGGACCUGCUUCUGCUGCAAUUCAGGUUAAUAUACAACUAA